UCACUUUCCAAAUUUCAUGAUAAAAUAUCAAAGUAAGAUUAAUUAUGUUUCAGCGAGUCUUAGUGCUGAAGGGUUGACUCCUCCUACCGAAACAUCCUGGUUUUACGUGUUGAAGUCGCCGGAAAUCUGCCAGUCUCUGAGUAGCAGCUCCUCCGAAGAGAGGUCUCUCCAGUUUGUUCUCAUUGGAAGCACAAUUUUCAUCUACAACCAGCGAUACAUCGUCGUUGUUCAUUCGUCUCCGUCAGGCGGCGAGGAAUUGGAGCCGAUAGAACUGAACGGUGCUCGCAUCCUGGGCGGCACUUCAUGCAAGUCGGUGCCAGUGUUCUUCACCUGCCAGCAUGGCUUCAUUUCGCUCGACUCCUCCGACGAUUUCAACGUAAGUGUUGCCAUGGACUGCACGGCUGUCUCCGAAACUGUUCACUCCGACAACGAAAUUGAAGAACUUUUGAAUUCCACAACCAGUGAUCGAAAAGACAGCUGUGAGUUGGUGAAGGCUGCUCUUCUAUUGUACAUAAGUAAAAAGGUUGCUCACAGCAAAGCACUGAUGCACGAACACUUUCCACCUGAUGCUGGCCCAACACUGAAAAUUGACGCCACUUUUGAUCUAACAAUCGUUCAAGUCAGCGAAGGAAUCAUUGAUGACAUUCCGUUCAAAGAUCCACGUUGGGCUGACACCAAAACUACGACUUCCACCUUGAACAUCAACUCUAACAUAACCUCUCUCCAGAUAUUAAACCAGUUGGAGGAAAAGCAGAAAGCUUUGGAAUAUUUCAUAGAUUUCCUAAAAGAUAUAAACCUGUGGAACCAGCUUGGUGGAAUAAAGUGUAGAGGCAGGACAAUGGCGACAACUUACAUGCUAGCAGAGCAUGCUGAAAAGAUAAUCGCGUCAAUUGUGUUACGCAAAUUACAAAGCAAAUUUCCCUCACAAAUUGAUUUGGCUAUUGAGGAGGUGUUGAAGAAGCACUCUAUGAAACCGAUUGGUGCUCUGAAUAAUCAGGAUAUUUUCUUCAGGAAAGUGAGUUUCGUUCACGAGGCUUUGCAGCAGAUAUGUAGGUGGUGCGACGAUUUGGUUAACAAGUCUCAAAAUCCGCAACAUGUUGCCCAGCAGAUCUUGUCUGCCAACAGUGUGCUGCUGGAAGCGGUACAAGCUGUUAUCCAAUACCGACAGCAGAAGUCUAGUAUUUUUGGCGACCGUCAAUCAGUUCAGAAUUUCAACGAGUAUCUGCCGUGGACUGCUUCUGCCGGUCCUGACGGUCUCUACGAUUUCCUAAUCACUCAACAAAAGUUGACAUUGGAAAACGGCGUCCGUGCUACGGGAGACAUCAACAUGCACACUGAACUGUUAGACCAGCUAGUCAACUUGGCUGAUGUUAUCUUGGACGGCCGCAAAUGUUACCUUGAGAGCAUCCGCGAAGAUUCGGAGAAAUUCAACUCAGAUAUUCAUAAGUAUGAAGUUGAUCGUUACAAUCUCAUAAAACCGUUCCUAGAUCAUGACGAAUUCGAAAGAGCUGCAAUACUCGCUGAGAAAUAUUGUGACUUUCAGAUUCUUGUAGAGCUGUGUGACAAGAUAGGUAAUAAAGAGAGACUAAAUCAGUACUCGGCCAAGUUUAGUAAACUGGAUUUUUCACAGUUUCUUUUCAACUGGUACAUGAGAGAAGGAAAACAGCGAGAUUUAGUUGAACAAUGUUUAAAACAACGAAUACUUGCCGAUAGACUUAGCACUCAUCCAUCGUUGUCAUGGCUGCAUGCGGUUUUCAGUGACGAUUACAAAACAGCUGCUCACACUCUGCUUGACUUGGCAAAUUCUGAAGUAGAACUGCUGGCGCGGAAGAAGUCGAUGAUCUCAUUGGGUAAACUAGCUCUACUAGCAGCCGGCGGUGAUGAUGACACCCUGGAAGACGUCAACUCUAGCUUGAAUCUCAUCUCCCACCAGGAAGGAUUGCCCGAGUCAGUGCUUACAGCUUACGGAUACAACUUUGACAAUGUCAGAGUCUUCUCUCCGCCGGAACUGAUCAAGUUCUACAUCUGCGAAGAGAAUCCAUCCAACUCGGAACUUGAUUUCAAGAAAGCACUAGACCUACUGCUCUAUAUCGACGAUGAAAUACUAAGGAUGGAAUUGAAAAACGAAAUCUGGUGUAAAGCUAUCACUAGGGAUUCAUGGACAGAUUUGGAUGCCAAUACCCCUAUCACUGCUAUUCAGGAACUUUUGUUUUUCAAGCUCGCCGACAUUUGUAUAACACUUGAUGGCAAUCUUGAUUGGAUGCCAACAAUCGAAGAAAUUCUCAGCUCUGAAGAAAUUGGUGAGCUUCGUGAAGACAGUAACUUUGAAUAUCUUUUACGAGUUGGGUACGAACACAUUAAUAAAACACUAGAUGAUAUCAUUUGAAGAGCAAAUGAUAAUUAUAGGCCUAAUAAUUAGUAAUUCGAAAUAAUUCUUGUUCAUUGCUAAUUUUAUAGUACUGUAUUAUUUUCUACAAAUCUUCAAAACAUGAAUAAAUGUGUUUUUAAUAAUAUAAGAUUUCUUAUUAAACUCAUUGAUCUCA